AUGAACAGGCUUCCUUCUAUUCUUCGGGCUCCUAGAUCAAGUCCGCGAUAUUCAGUGCGCCCGUUCUACGUUUCAAUACUUGUCAUAGCCACCCUUGCUGUGGCCAGCUGGGGUCUGCAAAGGCGGACUUCCGACCUACUCGUUGAGCCUUUCGUAGCAAAUGCACUUGUUCGGCGGACCGAAGAGGAAGAGUGCCGGCUAGUUCGCAAUGCCAAAGAUCAAUGCGCCUACAUUCGCCAGAAUUGCCCGGACCACCAAGAUGGCUAUCUAUCGUAUUUGCAGCUCUAUUACUGCGCUUUGCCUCAUGCAAAGCCCGUCGCCUUCAUUAUCAUCGUCCUCUGGCUAUCAUUCCUAUUCAGCACUAUUGGAAUCGCCGCUAGUGACUUUUUGUGCAUCAAUUUGAGCACACUUGCAAGUAUUCUUGGAAUGAGCGAAAGCCUCACGGGUGUGACCUUCCUUGCUUUCGGAAAUGGAAGCCCGGACGUCUUCUCUACUUUUGCCGCGAUGCGGUCAAAUAGUGGAAGUUUGGCAAUUGGAGAGCUCAUCGGAGCCGCAACUUUCAUUACAUCUGUAGUUGCCGGCUCAAUGGCCCUGGUUCGCCCGUUCAAAGUUGCGCGACGCAGCUUCGUCCGCGAUGUUGGAUUCUUCGUGAUUGCGGUUGGCUUCAGCAUGGUCCUAGUCGCGGAUGGACGCCUCCAGGCCUGGGAAUCGGCCGCAAUGGUCGCUCUCUACGUUUUCUAUGUGAUGUUGGUGGUGAGCUGGCAUUGGUAUAUUGUUCGACGUCGUCGGAAGUACGAGAGGGACAUGGCUGCUCGGUCGUUUUUCCACAUCCCAGAGAACCAAGAAUUAGAUAUUGACCACUCAAUGGAAGAAGAUGACGAUCCAGGCGUUGCCUCGGAGUCACGAAGCCUCCUUCGUGGAGCAUCUUCAGACAAUUUUGAUCUCUUGGAACGGCAGGAUGACUUUCCUUCAUGGAAGGCAGAUGAGGAUGAUUUCGAAGACGAUGAUGAGCGCAAUCGAUACCUGGCAGAGAUUGGUGGCAAAAUGCAUGUCAAUCGGCGUCCGACUGGCUCGCGACGGAAUACCAGCAACGUUAUUCGCCCAAGCUUGGUUGGUGCGCUGGAGUUCCAGUCUGUGCUACAAUCGCUACGAAAAUCGCGAACUUCUCGGCGAAAUCCGACCAUCAGUCUGAGCAGUUAUUCCGAUAACGAAGACGACUCUGUUCAAGCUUUUGACACUCGGUCUAUAGCAUCGCAUCCAAGGGCCAGCAGGCCGACUACGAUCGAUGGUCUCUUAUCGCCACAUGGCGCGGAUACCUCACGCGCCAGGGCAGUCUCAGCUAAUGAUGCGGAUGGUCUGGAAAUUGACCGCACAGUAUUUGAGCGACCAGGACAAGCUCCCCGUCUGACCGUGAGACGUCCUUCUAGCGACUGUACCGAGGAUAUCAGCGAGGGGCAAAAUCAGAAAUCUCCCCGAAUCAAGCUCAACACAUUCUUGACGGUAUCCCCGCCGCAGUCUGAGUCUCCGUCGCGAUCUUCAAGUCCGACAACCAGCCAGAAUAAGUCAUUAUCGCCUGAAUUGCCCGCCAUGCGGGGGCAAUUCUCAUCCCCAGAUUAUCAAACACAAAUCACGCGCGACCGCUCGCCUCUCGCAGUGUCUCCACGUGGAGGUAGCGGCGGUGAUCGAUCCGAGGAUGGACUGGCAAGCCCAGUGGUGCCAUUCCCUGAAUUUUUCGAUCUACCUCCCAGCUCACCCGGGGUCCCAACUCUGCGCCUGCCCAAUACUGCAACUAGCCCUUCAGAACGCCUGCUGACGCCCGACGGGCUCAACGGAAUUGUUGCCGAUACUCCGGCUUCUGGGACUCUUUGGGUGCAAGGAUGGAAGACUUUGGCUCUUCCCCGGCUUGCUCAUAUUGCGGUUGCUGCACCGAGCGUCUUUCUUCUCACGGUAACCGUCCCUGUCGUUGAGCCCUCCACACCCGAAUCUAAUGAAUUCGAUCCGCCCUCUGUCGUUGUUGUCGAUGGAGCGGCGCAAGGCGGCAACCCUGCGCCGAUAGUCCAUCUGCCAGCAGACAAUCCAACACUUCAUGCGACCGAGCCCCAGUCUUCCAUGCAUCAUCAUUCCAAUAGCGCCUCUAGGCGUGUUGAACCUGGUCCUAGGCCUUCGCAACACGAACCAAUUGGCCGUCUACGCGGGGACUCUGAGUUGCCAGCAGUGUCACAUUCUGCUCCCGACGCAGCAGCUACAGAGGUCAAAGAGUGGAAUCGCUGGCUCGUCGCCAUCCAGCUUUUCACCGGGCCAUUCAUCCUGACCUACCUUGCCUGGAGUUCUCUGACUACCGAAUCAGAUGCGAAAGAUGUUUUACGCACUGCGUUGAUCUCGCUUCUUUUCUCAAUUUUGUGUCUUGGCAUGUUCAUUCUAUCUACUCGUCACCGCCAAUCCUAUCAUAGUCCUCAGGGAGCCCGCCAGGACUCUGAGGUCCAGAAGGCGCAAAGCUUGCCGGCGAUAUGGCAGCCACUCUUAUCCAUGCUGGGAUUUCUGGUCGCUAUCUGCUGGAUUGCAACCAUCGCUACAGAGGUAGUCUCCAUUCUCAAGACGAUCGGCGUGAUUCUUGAUAUCUCCGACUCGUUGCUGGGACUUACUGUCUUUGCUGUGGGCAACUCACUGGGAGAUUUGGUUGCUGAUAUCACCAUUGCCCGGCUGGGAUAUCCUGUUAUGGCUCUGAGCGCUUGCUUUGGCGGACCCAUGCUCAAUAUUCUGCUGGGUGUUGGUUUGGGGGGUUUGUACAUGACUCUGGGCCCGAGUCAUCCCUCUCCCCAUUCGGUAGGGACGAUGACUCGGCCUGCUACCUACGAGAUUGCCAUCUCCAAGGUACUUGUCAUCAGCGGUGCAACUCUCUUGUUCAUCCUUGCGGGUUUGCUUAUUGUGGUCCCUUUGAAUCAUUGGCGCAUGGAUCGCCGAAUUGGAUGGGGUUUGAUUGCAGUCUGGUGCGUCAGUACAUUGGGCAAUGUCAUCGCAGAGCUUGUAUGGUGA